AUGGCGCUGAGCAUCUACUGGACCGCGCUGUUCGUCCUCGCGCCCCUCGUCGCUCUCGCCGUCGGACACCAGAUCGUCUCACGCCGGUUCCUGACCUCGAAGCCCGAGGACACCACAUCCGCCCGCGAUGCCGACGCCAAGGGCUUCUGCAAGACGUUCAUGUGCGUCUACCUGAUCGUGAUGGCGUCGGAAUGGCUUCAGAGCCCCUACACCUACUCGCUUUUCCGCGACGAGAAGCAGCUUAACGAGCGGUCCGUCGCGCUCCUAUACGCCACCACCUAUGCCUCCGCCGCCGUGUCCGCCUUCCUUACCGGCUACCUCGCCGACCGGUUCGGCAGGAGAUCGGCAUGCCUGGCGUCGUGCGCCAUCCACUCGCUCGCCUCCCUCUCGGUUAAGUUCGACCAGCUCGAGGUCUUGAUCGCCGGUCGGGUCCUGAGCGGUAUCAGCCUCAACCUCCUCUGGACCGCCUUCGAGAGCUGGAUGGUUACCGAGUACAAAGCCCGCUCGCUGGAGAAGAGCUCUUUGGCGCUGAGCACCAUGUUCAGCAUCAUGACCACCUUCAAUAGCAUAACCGCCAUCUUCGCAGGCAUCUUGGGCCACUACAUCGUCCUCGCUUCCGGAUCCAAGGCUGAUCCAUUUUUCGCCGGAGCGGUUUUGGAUGUCUGCGCCGCGGUGCUCAUGCUUCGAACGUGGAACGAGAAUCGAGGAGCCCCUCGUGUCGCCACCGGCCUGGACGAUGACGGACGUAGCCCUGAAAGCGAUGCCGAUGAGAAGACUCACCCCGAGAGAAUAAUAACGGCGUUGAAAGACAGGAGAGUCUGGGUUCUCAGUUUCGCCUCGUGCUGUUUUGAGGGAGCCGUUUUCCUCAUCAUGUUCUUCUGGUCCGAGUUGCUCCAGAACGCAUACGACAGGGAGCAUCCCGAAGAGGAGGGCGGCUCGAUCCAGUACGGCGUGAUCUUCUCGACCUUCAUGGCCACCGUAGUUUUAGGCUCGGUGCUAUUUAACUUCAUCACCCGAGACACCGCGCCUUCGCCCACGACAGAAAAGGACGCCGAGGUGGGCGAGGUCACCCCGAACUUGCUCUUCGGCUCGGCGCUCUUCGUGAGCGCGUUGAGCCUUCUCGUCGCCGCGUUCGCCCAGAGAGAACUGUACCUCUUCCUGGCGCUUCUCCUCUUCGAAGCGUGCAACGGCGUCUAUUCCCCUAGCAUGGGUUUCCACCGAGGCAUGAUCGUGAAGGAUUCCGGCCGGGCCCUGACCUACGGCCUGAUGAACGUCCCGCUAUUCGCUUUUAUCAUCAUCGCGCUAGGUACUACGGGCAGCACCGGAGCCGAGCAUCGGCAGAUCGUCUUCAUAUUCUUGGCCAUGCUGCUAUUCAUCGCAGCUUUAUCUAUCAUUCUAGCGCUUGGGGAUUCUGACACCCAUCUGGGCUUCCAGCAGGUGUCAGAUAUAGAGCUCGAAGAUGCCGACGCCGCUGGCAAGGAAGAAGCGCCAGGCAACAGCACGAAUUGA